UCCGCACCGGUAAAAAAAAAAUAAACAGGAAACAAAUUGCGUAUUUGUUAAUUGUGAAAAUCUAGCGUAAUUCCUAGAAAUUAACGCGUUCAGAUGUCAGCCACAACUGACGAGGGCUCCCCGCCCAAGGGAGAGCAGAGUUCGGAAGCCAAAGAGCCCGGAAAUCAUUCCAUAUUCGACAUAGAAAUGGAACAUCCAGAUUCGGAUUCUAAUGAAAAGGAAAAGGAAUUUCGGGACUUUACCAGGAAUACGGAUAGCGUGGAUACCAUUUUAAAUACAACUACGGAUGUGGCGGAAGUAAUCGUUAAAAACACGGACAGUGAUGAUACGGUUCUAUUCGAAGCGCCGCCAGAUUCGGAUGUGGAAAUGGUGUCCACCAAGUCGGAUGCGCAAUCGGAUGCACAAUCGGAUGCAAAGUGGGAUGCCAAGUCAGAUGCCAAGUCUGAUCUCAAGUCCAUAGCCAGAUCGCCUCCCAAUUCCUCGCCAGAAUCGGAGCAAACGCUUCCCGAGCGACGGGAGCGGCGCAAGAAGACCAAGGAGCGCCCCGCUCCGCCGGAAGCGCCACCGCAGAAGCUCAACUGGAAGUGGAACCUGCGCAUCCUGAUCUCCAAUCUGUACAUGAAGAGCGAGGAUCGUCUGCCGGGCGCCUGUGUCCCGAAGUGCCUGCACAACACCAGUCAGUGCACGGAGAAGCAUCGCUGCUCCAUGCUCCCCGAUGCCCCCAACUUUACGGCCGUCCAGGCGCUGCGUACCACGCUGCAUGGCCAACACUACGAUACCUUCCUGGACAUCCUGGAGAUGAUGGCGCUGCAGUGCGUCUACCCGGGCGAGGGAGUCUUCGACAGACUCAUCGACAUGGCGAUGAUCCUGAUUGCCAAGGAGAUGAGCGUCAAGGAGCUGGGCGACACCUACAACAAGCUCAUACGCACCUUCUUCCUCCUGGUCGACGCCUUCCCGCCCUGCUGGACCGCCCUGCGUCCCUACUACCUGAAUUUUCUGGGCGUCAAGAAUCAGGCUACACGCGAUACCCGCUCCACUGAUUCGCCCCACAAGCUGCAGUUCUAUCUGGAUCUCCUGGAGGAGAAUCUCUCGCAGUGCAGCGACGAGGAGCUGCGCGAAAACACCAAGUUCUAUGAGAAGUUUGUGUUCAAUUUUUCGGAGGAGGAGGAUGCGAAUAUGUCGCAGGAAACUGUCUUUUUGCGGCAUGUCCAGGAAUACGAUUGGCUGAGUGGCAAGCUCUGCCUGGACGACUUCAAGCGAAUGUCACCCGCCGUCCGUUUGGCGCGACUAUGUGAUGUGCUGAACAUGCUGACCUGGGUGCUGGAAAUGGAGUUCCUAUCGUGGUUGGAUCACAACAGGUUGCGGCAGUCGGAGUCGGAGAUGUUUCAGGAGGACUCCAAGCCGUUUGCCGCGAUUGUGUUUGGAAUGACGGCUAGUAGUCGGCUCACCGACAUUGUUAAGCAAAUCAUGAAGCUUUAUGGACUGGCAGCAGCGAAAUCUAUGUACCCUGAACGCCAGCGGAUUCUCCAGCGCCUCAUUUCCCUCGCCAUCGAAGUUAGCAACACGGCCGAGCUAAAGUAUGUGGAUAACGCUGUGGUCUAUCCCAAUCUGGGCCCCCAAACCCGCCUGCUAAUCGCAGACUUCUUCAAGAUCUUCAAGUCGCAGAACCCCAAGCACAUCAGCACCUACUUAAAGACCAUUCCGCAGUUGGAUCACCCGUACCUUCGCUUCGAGUUCACCGACCACUUUCUGCAGCUCUUCUACUUUCCCAAAAAGCUACCUUUUGGACCCGAAAAGGUGGUCGAGGAGUUCGGGUUGCGACAUUGGCUGAAUUACAAACCGAAAAGCGAGAUUGAGGACGAGGACGACGACGAACAGUUGUCCCGCGAGGACUACUUGGGAUUGCUACUAAGCGGUUUGAAGGACUUCGACAAGUGGCUGAAUGUGGCAGGCUUUUGGAAGUAUUUAAAGUGCAAGGAGCAAGUGCAGCCAUUGACCACGAGAACCAGCAGUCCGCUGGCCACCCCGGUGGGUGUGAUAACUGGCGAUGAGCACAAGGUGUUCAUGCUGGAUGAGAUGGAGGACGAGGUGCACACGUGGAGGGAGCGCAUGAACACGAAGGUGAUCAUAGGAAGGCCGAGAGUGAAUCUGCCGGUGGCCAGGAUCAAUGUGGCCAAGAUGUGCCUGCGCUACGGCGAGGAAGUGCGACAACUGCGAUUCCUGCGACGACUGCUGAAAAGCAAAGUUCAAAAGGAGGUCGACGUCUCCGAUUGGCUAACUUAUCUGGACAGUUUCCUGAUCGGCGACGACCCACCAUCGCAACCGGGCUCCGCAUCUGGCACGGAAUCAGAUGAAGAUGACUGA